GACUUACAUUUAUGAAAAAAAAACCUAUACAUACACAAUUCUAUACACAUAUAUAAAUAACAACCCUCCACUACCUCCGAAAUCACCGGACAGUCAGACAGACACAAACCACUCCCUCCAUCCAUCCAUAUGGAUCUCCGCCGUAGACUCCCUCCAAAACCACCGUCUUCCACCGCCAUCCACCACCGAAAACCUCUCACCACCACCGACUCCGAUCAAAAACUCCGACCAAAAUCACCGGUUCCAAAAGCUUCCGAUGCAUUACCUCUUCCAUUAUACCUAACAAACGGCAUUUUCUUCACUCUCUUCUUCUCCGUAUCUUACUAUCUUCUUCACCGGUGGCGCGACAAGAUCCGGUCAUCCACGCCGCUCCACGUGGUAACGUUGUCGGAACUUGCUGCAAUUUUAUCUUUAAUUGCGUCGUUUAUUUAUCUGUUAGGUUUUUUCGGUAUCGAUUUUGUUCAACAAUUUGCUCGAAACGAUGACGAAAGCGAAGAAAUGGAAGAUAGUUAUGUUACAAAUUCCAAACAAUCUGUAUCUAUAGAUUCUAAACAACCUGUAUCUAUAGAUUCAGUUCAGUUACCUAAAACUGCUUGUUAUAAUGAUAAUGAUAAUGAUAAUGAUAUUGAUAUUAAUGAUGAUGAUGAGAGGCUUAUAGAAUGUGUAAUUAAUGGUUCUGUUCCGUCGUAUUCGUUAGAAGCUAAAUUAACAGACUGUUAUAAAGCGGCUUCUAUUAGACGAAGAGCGUUGGAGAGGACGACAGGGAGGUCGUUAGUAGGUUUGCCGUUAGAAGGGUUUGAUUAUGACUCGAUUUUAGGGCAGUGUUGUGAACUGCCUAUAGGUUAUGUUCAGAUACCGGUGGGAAUAGCGGGACCUUUGUUGAUGAAUGGCUGUGAGUAUAUGGUGCCUAUGGCUACGACGGAAGGGUGUUUGGUUGCUAGUACGAAUAGAGGUUGUAAGGCUAUUUAUGCUUCUGGUGGGUCCACGGCGAUUUUGUUGAAAGAUGGGAUGACUAGAGCGCCUGUUGUUAGGUUUGCUACUGCGGAAAGGGCUUCACAACUUAAGUUCUUUUUGGAAGAUGGUGUCAAUUUCGAUACAUUGAGCGUCGUUUUUAACAAAUCGAGCAGAUUCGCUAGACUCCAAAGUAUUCAAUGUUCAAUUGCGGGCAAGAAUCUAUAUAUCAGAUUUACAUGCAGCACAGGUGAUGCUAUGGGAAUGAACAUGGUGUCAAAAGGUGUCCAAAAUGUAUUGGAUUUUCUUCAAAAUGAUUUCCCAGACAUGGAUGUGAUUGGUAUAUCUGGAAACUUUUGCUCGGAUAAAAAACCUGCUGCGGUCAAUUGGAUUGAGGGGCGUGGGAAGUCUGUUGUUUGUGAGGCAGUCAUCACUGAAGAGGUAGUGAGGAAGGUGCUUAAAACCACAGUACCUGCCCUUGUAGAACUGAACAUGCUUAAAAAUCUUGCUGGUUCAGCAAUCGCUGGCUCUCUUGGUGGCUUCAAUGCUCAUGCUGCCAAUAUUGUCUCAGCAGUCUUUAUAGCCACUGGUCAGGAUCCAGCCCAAAACAUUGAGAGCUCUCAUUGCAUUACUAUGAUGGAAGCCGUCAAUAAUGGAAAAGACCUACACAUAUCUGUUACCAUGCCUUCGAUUGAGGUUGGCACCGUUGGUGGAGGGACACAACUAGCUUCUCAAUCAGCAUGCUUGAAUCUACUUGGAGUCAAGGGUGCGUGUAUGGAAUCGCCAGGGUCAAAUGCAAGGCUCUUGGCAAGGGUGGUAGCUGGAUCAGUGUUAGCCGGGGAGCUAUCGUUGAUGUCUGCCAUAUCAGCAGGGCAGCUGGUUAAGAGCCACAUGAAAUAUAACCGAUCAAGCAGGGAUAUGGCAGCGAUGGCAGCCAUUGCAGCAACAGUGUGAAGUUUUUGCAAUUUUCUUUCUUAUUGAGUGUAUCAGUGUAUGUAUAAAAUUCUUUUGGGGGGUGGGCUGUGAAGGGUUAUUUAUAAGUCAGGGUGUAUUUUUAACAUUUUUGUUAAUUUAUCAAAUCUGUUUUUGUGACUUAA